CGUACAAAAUUAAUUUCUCACAUAAGAUAAUCUUCACUUGACUACAGGAACAUCGAGUGAGAGGGCUGUGUUGGGUGUUAUAACAUACCUAGGAGACUCUCUUCUAACUAAUAAACAUCCAUCGCUUCUUUCAAGCAUUACAAUGUUCAAGAACACCUUUCAGAGUGGGUUCUUAUCGAUACUUUACAGUAUUGGAAGCAAACCAUUACAGAUUUGGGACAAAAAGGUUCGAAAUGGCCACAUCAAGCGUAUAACAGACAAUGACAUUCAGUCUUUAGUUUUAGAAAUCGUUGGUACAAAUGUCAGUACUACAUACAUCACAUGUCCAGCAGACCCCAAAAAGACUCUUGGCAUUAAACUACCAUUUUUAGUGAUGAUCAUCAAAAAUUUAAAGAAGUACUUUACAUUUGAAGUGCAGGUACUAGAUGAUAAGAAUGUUAGAAGGAGGUUUCGUGCUAGUAAUUACCAAAGCACAACGAGAGUAAAGCCAUUCAUCUGCACCAUGCCCAUGAGGUUGGAUGAUGGCUGGAAUCAAAUUCAGUUUAAUUUGUCUGACUUCACACGUAGGGCAUAUGGCACAAACUACAUUGAAACUCUUCGAGUGCAGAUCCAUGCAAACUGCAGAAUCCGCAGGGUCUACUUCUCUGAUAGAUUGUACUCAGAAGAUGAAUUACCAGCAGAGUUCAAGCUUUACCUCCCUGUUCAACAAAAGAAAUAAUAAUUUUUUUUCUUGCUUAUAUGUUUUAUAAAAUUAUUACCCCUGCCCUUCCAGUUACACAAUAUACUAUAUUUUUGUGCUCGGUCACUGCUAAAAUUUAAUAAGGAAAACUGAACUGACAAAAGAAAUGAACAAUUUUAUUGCUUUAACUGAGAUUGCAUACUCUUUUAACAACAUAUUUUUUUUUUGUGAUUGUCAUCUCUAAUUAUUCAAAGGUGUAUUUUUUUUUGCUUAAAAUUCUUUAAGAACAAAAGGUAAAAAAUGAUUUACCUAAAAAUGACUUUUCUUAGUUACCGACACUCUGGAAAUUUAGAAUGUUGUGAAUGCAUGAGCGUGCUGAGGUUUGCAGAAAGUUCUAAUAACUUCUGAUAUGCAAUGGUUUUACUUAUGAAAUUGUUUUGUUUAUGUAAAUUUGCUGGGUCAGCCUGUGAAUAAUUUGUUUGUUUUGUCUAUUUUAUUAUUUUGCAUGCUCUAGUCCAGUACUCUUGUUGUAAUAAUAUAAACAUAAAAUGUCAUGAAUACUGAUGGGACCAAAUUUUAAGAUUUUUGAGAUAUUCUCAAUGUAAUUGGUGUUAAGUAUCACUUUGAAAAAGAACGAGACAAAAAUUAAAUUCUUUAAAAAGCAUUUUUAGAGUUAGUGGUCUUGUAUAGUUUCUGGAUGUGUAUGAGUAUGUUGUCAGUAUCUUUCUGAAUACCUUUUACGCUCAUUUGAAAACAUGAUUUGUUGCUUAUUUGCAUUCUUGCUUAUAUUUUAAUGAAUUUUACAUGCAUGAAGCGUUGUGUAAGACUGUUAUUGACUAUGUUCAUUUAAUAUGUGAGUAUAAUUGACCCUACAUAAGUGGAGUGUAAGAGAUAUUAGUUGAAUGAGUGUGCAAAAGAUUAUGCAUGGUUCUCUUUUUCCAGCUAUAAUAAACACAUCAACAUUACUGUGUCACAUUUGUUUUUAAAAUUUCUAGUAUGGAUAAUGGGAGUCUUUUUUGUGUAUGUAAUCUUAUAAUUUUCUAUAAUAUUCUCUGCUCAUCUGUCAUUAUACAUAAACAUUUUAAACCAGUUAUCUAAGAAACGCAGAAGUUUAUAAACAGCUUCAAUGUUGUUUUUCUUAGAUUUUAGACUUCUUUGUUGAAACCAUUAUCUUUUGUUGUAGGGAGUAUGGUGCAUUUUGUUUUGUGAAAUAGUUGUAUUUAAUUAUUGACUAAGUGUAUGGCAAUGAUCCAUUAAGUUGAUACAAAAAAUAAAUCAAAUGUUACAAAUGU